UCCUUUUUUUUUGGUUCUGAAUAAAGCCAAAACUAUAUAUUAAUAUUAAUGCACCCAAAUUAACACACGUUGUGUACUGCUAUAAUAUACCCCAGCUAGCUACCUGAUAGAUUUAGUGCAGUAAUUAAUGGAGGCCGACAUGAUGAGCAUGCUCAUCGACCUCUCCCGCCACUCGCCCCACCUCCUCGGCUCCCUCGACCUCGCCGCCGUCGCUGCCGACACCGACAGCUUGCUGAUGGACAGCUUCGGCAGCAUGUACGACGUGCCGGCGGGGCACGAGCUUUCGGCGCUGCUGCCGCCGCCGUCGCCGGAGAAGGAGUACGAGUACGACGACUCGCUCUCCGGGCUGUACGCGUGCUCCCAGUCGUCUCGUCGUCGUCGCUACGACGACCCGAGCUCGCCGGACGUCGUCAACUCCUGCUCCACGGCGGCGGCGGCGGCGGCGGCGGCGGCAGCUGUGGCGGCGGCGAGCAGCAAGAACAUAGCCAUGGAGCGGGACCGCCGCAAGCGCCUCAACGAGAAGCUCUACGCGCUCCGCGCCGUCGUCCCCAAGAUCUCCAAGGUGACCACGCGCGUCGAAUCAAAUCGAUCGAUCUCGUGUUCUCAGCUGAAUCAAUUUGCGGCACAUCGAUCGAUCGAAUUGGAGUCCUUUAACCAUGCGGAGGAGCGCCGGCUGCUCGAGGAGAUAUCCGCCCUCGAGUCAACCGUCGCCACCAAAUCCGCCGCCGGAGCCGGAGACGACGACGACGGCGUCCCGCUGCUGCCGAGGAUGAAGAAGCCGAGGACCACGCCGCCUCCCCACGACGGCGCCUCCAUGGCUGCCUCUCCCCCUCUCCAAAUCCUCCAGCUCCAGGUGAGCAAGGUGGGGGAGAGGACGAUGGCGGUGAGCAUACGGUGCGCGAGGACGAGGGACGCCAUGGUGAAGGUGUGCCGCGCCAUGGAGGCGCUGCGCCUCAAGGUCGUCUCCGCCAACGUCGCCGCCGUCGACGGCAGCAUCGUCCACACCAUGUUCGUCCAGACAGAAGAAAUGGGUGGUGCUCAUGAGAUGCAGCAGAGAAUCCAGACAUCUCUCUUGUCCAGCAGCCUGAUGUGAUGAAAAGCUUAUAGCUCAAAAAAGUCUAUGAACUAGCAAGCAUUUAUUUUUUGUAAUCAUUUUCGCUGUUUUUUGGGAGAGGUCAACCGGACACAGCAACAGGUUUAGAUUGCUAGGGCCCUUACAGAGAUGGAUAAACUGCAAAUGUGAACUGAAUUCUGAUGUAAAUUGAAGCAUGCAUAUAUCUUUA